AAAUAGUCGAGCUGCUAUUUCAAGAAGGUCUAAUAAAGGUCCUAUUUGCUACUGAGACUUUUGCUAUGGGACUCAACAUGCCAGCUAGAACCGUAGUAUUUACAGACGUGAAAAAAUUUGAUGGUGAACUUGUUAGAUAUAUAACGUCUGGUGAAUAUAUUCAAAUGUCAGGCCGUGCAGGUCGAAGAGGCAUUGAUACCAGGGGAAUUGUGAUUUUAAUGGCAAGAGAAAAAAUGGCUCCCAACGCUAUUAAAGAAAUGAUUAUGGGUGAAUCAGAUAACCUGACAUCGGCUUUCCAUUUAAAGUAUAAUAUGAUUUUGAAUAUGAUGAGGGUUGAAGGGAUUAGUCCAGAAUAUCUUUUGAAAAAUAGUUUUUAUCAGUUUCAGAAUACUGCUACCUUACCAGGACUUGAAGAAGACCUUCGUCUCGCUGAAUUGGAAUAUUCUAACUCUAUAAUACCUGAUGAAGAUGUCAUUGCUGAAUAUUAUGAUACUCGCAGGCUAUUGGAU